AUGCUUUCAAGCAUUGCCAUUCAGUGUGAAACAAGAAAUCCAGGGGAAAAGGGAGAGAGGGGGGACGUCGGUGAACUGGGCUCGACUGGCAACGAGGCCCCGCCGGGGCAGAAGGGAGCCAAGGGAGAUGCGUCCAAUGAUGUGCUUGUAGCAGGUGCCAAAGGUGACCCAGGCCCAGCCGGCCCACCUGGGCCCCCAGACCCCCCAGGGCCUCCAGGGCCCCCUGGAAGCAGAAGAUCCAAAGGCCCUCAGCAGCCAAACCUGUUCAAUGGCCAGUGCCCAGGCGAGACAUGUGCCAUACCCAAUGAUGACACCUUGGUUGGAAAAGUUGAUGAGAAAGUCAAUGAGCAUCACUCCCCCAAAGCAGAAUCAACGAUCACCUCCAUUGGGAACCCAACACAAGUCUUCAAGGUCAAGGAGAAUUUUGGGGCUUGGAUACAAGAGUCUGCUAUUAAGAACGACAGCUGCAUCUGGGUGACUGAACACUUUUCAGGCAUCAUGGUGAUGGAAUUCAAAGGCCAGACCGUCCUCCUGAACGGCAGCUGCACGAUCAUUCACCUCUACUAUUUCCAUGGCUGCGGCCACACCUUGUACAACAACUCUCUCUACUACCACAAAGGGGGCUCCAACACCAUCGUGAGAUUCGAUUUUGGCAAAGAAACAUCUGAAACGCUGAAGCUUAAAAACUCCCGGUAUUUUGACUGCAAAUACCUUUUCGUCAAUUCCAAGACGUACUUCAACCUGGCUAUGGACGAACAGGAGCUGUGGGUCAUCUACGCUUCGAGCGCGGAUGGCUCGAGCUUCCUUGUUGUGCAGCUGGAGGAGAGGACCUUCUCUGUGGCACAGCACAUCAAUACCACCUACCCAAAGUCCAAGGCAGGCAACGCCUUCAUCGCCCACGGGAUCCUCUACGUCACAGACACCAAAGACACAAGGAUAACGUUCGCCUUCGAUCUGUUAGGAGGAAAGCAGAUCAACGCCAGCUUUGAUGUCAGAACUUCCCAGUCUGUUCUGGCCAUGUUAGCCUACAACAUGAGAGACCAGCACCUGUACUCCUGGGAAGAUGGCCACCUGCUGCUGUACCCAGUGCAGUUCCUGGCGGCUCCGUUCAGCCAGUGAUGUGCUGCAUUCUCUUUUCCUCACUGGAUCUCACAUGUCUUCUGGGACCGUUUCUGUCCCAUCAGGAAAACCUGUCUUUAAAGGUAGCCGGGUUCUUAGAGCUUAAUCUCCUAUCAUGUGCAUUCCUGUAGUCAGCGAGCCCCCUGUGAAACCCUAGUGCCCGCAGUGGGGUAGCAUCAGGCUGGAAGUUGCAAUGGCCCUGGAGCUUCCUCCACAUAUGAAUUGGCCAGAUUGCCACCCCUUCCUUGGGCCUUGGUUUCUCCAUUGGUAAUAUUCAGCAGGUGGCCAAGAAAAUGGGCACAGUUUUCUCUACCUACAAGAAAUUGUGUGGUUUUUGGCUACCGCUACUCUCAUAGUUUUUAUAGACCAGUUUUCUGUUUUUUGUAGCUGGAUGCUAAGUAACUUUACCUGUAAGAUCAUAGUCCUGUUGCUUCAACAGUGAAUUCUGCAGUGCUGUGGGAAAAUGCACUGAGCCUUUAUGGCUUCUAAGGCACCAUGCCGUCCAUAAUUUAUUAUUUUUCUCCACAUUGCACCUGCUGCCUCAGAAUGACCUGACCCUCUGCCCUUGAUUGCAGCUCCCCGAUCAGCAAAAGCCAAGAGCAGCUACAUGCUCAGGCUUCUCAGUGAGACAGCAUUGGCCCUUCCAGGUUUCUAUCCAUUUCCCUUCAGGUUGACUUGCAGCAGUGGGUCUCCAGGGUACUCCGGCUGCUGCUGCUGCUGCUUCUUUUUUUAAGGGAAAGGGUUUACUGAUGGAAAUCCGACAGAUUGGAGUGAAGGGGCGAAGAAGAAAGAGCGGGGUCAAAAGAAAGAGACAGUGAGUCUGGCUUCUUCUACCACAGCCACAGAUCCAGAGUAAAGGCCCCCCCCCCGCCCUUGCCUUAGCCAUGGUUUCAGUUCCCACAGUUAACCAUAGUCCAAGAAUACAUCCAGUACAAGGAGGGAUUAAAAUAUUCAGAGUGACACAGAGAUAGAGGCCACAUUUGCAUAACCUUUAUUACAACAUAUGGUUACAGUUGUUCUACUUAGUUAUUAGUUAUUGUUGUUAAUCUCCAGCUCUGCAUCAUUUACAAAUUGAACGUUAUCAUAGGUAUAUGUAGGGAAAAAACCAUGGCCUAUAUAGGGGUCAGCAUUGUCUGUGGUUUCGUGCCGGAGAACAGGGGACUGCUGGACUACAUGCUGUGGGAAUGGACAAUGUCUGGCCGGAACUGUAACACUCUAUGGUCUUUGGAAGAGAGGUACCAUUUGUGAGUUUAUCUAGAUCAGGGGGUGGGAAAACUGGACAUAAGCCAGUUCUUCACAUGUUCUUGUAACAAAAGCUUUAUUAAAACAGAAAAAAAAAAGAAAGUAAACCAGUGAAUAGGAAUUCUCUGUCCAGCUGUUGGUCUGUCUCUCUGCCUCUCAAACAAAUAAUAAAUAAUUUUUUUAAAAAUUAUAAUAAUAAUAUAAAAAGCCUAUGGAAAAAACCUACAACAAAAAUAAGUGAUAGGCCACCCCAAAAUGUGAGUAUAGAGGCAUAAACAACAGCUGCAAGAGCAGAAGGAUGUGAAGAAAAGCUAAGGGCAGCUCAUCUGAGAAUCUCAAAAGAGCCAACAGGUGUUCACUGGAAAGUUCAAAGGGUCAGUUUAAGAAUAGUACCUGAAACUAGGAACGCUUUUGUACAUCCUAAUAUCAGGGGUCUGUAUUAAGGUUGGAAGGGGAUGGAACAAUCUUGACCGUAUAUAUAAAGGUCCUUCAAAAAGUUUGUGAGAAAAUGGGAUUAAAAGAUGUUUAUUUUGAUGCAAAAAAAUUUGAGAUCAUACAUUUUUUUUUGACAGGCAGAGUGGACAGUGAGAGAGAGAGACAGAGAGAAAGGUCUUCCUUUGCCGUUGGUUCACCCUCCAAUGGCCGCCGCGGCUGGCGCACCGCACUGAUCCGAUGGCAGGAACCAGGUACUUAUCCUGGUCUCCCAUGGGGUGCAGGGCCCAGUACUUGGGCCAUCCUCCACUGCACUCCCGGGCCACAGCAGAGAGCUGGCCUGGAAGAGGGGCAACCGGGAAAGAAUCCGGCGCCCCGACCGGGACUAGAACCCAGUGUGCCGGCGCCACAAGGCGGAGGAUUAGCCUAGUGAGCCGCGGCACCGGCUGGAGAUCAUAUAUAUUUUUAAGCACAUUCUCCAUUAACUUUAUGUGGAUCCCUCACAGCUAAGAGAUCCCAAGGUAGAGGCUGGCACUGUAGCACAGCAGGAUAAGCAGCUGCUUGUGAUGCCAGCAUUCCAUAUCAAAUUGACAUUUUCAGUGCUGGCUGCACUUCUGAUUUAGCUCCCUAAUUUGCCUUAAAAAGCAGUGGAAGAGGGGCCAGUGCUGUGGUAUGGUAGGUUAAGCCUCCACUUGUGGCACCAGCGUCCCAUAUAGGCACCAGUUCACGUCUCAGCUGCUCCUCUUCCAAUCCAACUCUCUGCACUCUCAUGGGAGAUCUGGGAAAAGCUCUUGGCUUCAGAUGGGCCCAGCUCCAACUGUUGCAGACAUUUGGGGAGUGAACCAUCAGAUGGAAGACCUGUCUCUCUGCCUCUCCCUCUCUCUAUAACUCUGCCUCUCAAAUAAGUAAGUAAAUCUUAAAAAAAGAAGAAGGAGGAGGAGGAGGAGGAGAAAGAAAGAAUAAGGAAAAGAAAGAAAAAAGAAGGAAAAGAAAGAAAGAGAGAAAAAGAAAACAGUGAAAGAUAGCCCAAGUGCUUGGGCUCCUGCCAACUAUUGGCACACCCAAAUGCAGUUUCACAGCCUUCUGGCUUCAGCCUGGACCAGCCCAUAUCACUGGCCAUUUGGAAAGUGAACCACUGGAUGGUGGAUGGAAGAGGCUGCUCGCUCUAUCUAUCUCUUAUCUGUAUAUCUGUAUCUCUCUUUCUCUCUCUGCCUAUCAAAUAAGCAAAUAAAUAAAUCUUUAAGAAGAAAAGACCCUUAGGUAUAGCCCCACAUUGAGGAAAAACUGCUGAGGGUAGAGUCAAGUUGAGUAACACAGUGACAACAGAGAAAAAGGAAAGAAAAGAUUCAUGUAGAAAUGGAAAAGAUAAACAAAACUCAGAGAGCUUAAAAAAUGAGCUAUCAUAUUGUUUAAGACUUCACAAGCAUAAAAGAAAAGGGAAUUCCAGAGUUAAGAAGUUAGAAAACCUGUCCUGCAAUAGUCUGCUUUCAAAAGGGCAGGAAAAUUAAUUUUAUAUAAAAAUGAGCAACAUGGGUCAAUGUUUAGUUAACAAUUGAGACACCUGUGCUCCACAUCUGAUUGCCUGAAUUUGAUUCCUGGCCCUGACCCUGGCUCCUGAAUCCAGCUUCCUAUGAAUGAAGACCCUAGGAAGCAAUGAUGAUGGCUCAAACAGUUGAGUCCCAGGCACCCAUUUGGGAAAUGUAGAUUGCAGUAUCACUCCCAGCUUUGGCCCUGGCACAGCUCCAGCUGUUAGAUCAAACUUUUUUUUUGCUCUCUGUCUUUCUGCCUCUCAAGACAAUGAAUAAAAUUUUCUAAAGAUUUUUUUAAAACAUUGCAUUAGAAUUUAAAAAAAUGAGCAACAAAAAAAUAAAGGUCAAAGUCCAUGCAUACAAAGUUACUAUUAAAAAAAAAAAGAGGAUAAGGAGUAUCAUGUCAUCCUCAUAGAUGUUGAAAACACAUAGAACAGAUGAAAAUUUGGGCUUACAAUUCCAAAACAAGCUGAAACAUGAUAUGAAAGAACAGAAAAAAAAAAAAAAAAAAACCUAGGAAAGAAUUACACAUAUAGUCUUAAUUUCUACAAUGGCUUAUUUUCAGUUAACUUUAUACUUGUAAGAUUAACCCUCACUAAUUAACCCUACACUAACUAAAGAGUUCAACAAAUAGUAAGAAGAAAAAAAAACUGUUCCUCAAUAGCAGAGACAAGGGCUGUAUACAAUCAUUGGUAUUCUAGUUAUCAUGGAUCAAGAAAAACAUAUGGUAUUUGUCUUUGGGGGACUGGUGUAUUACACUAAUUAUAAUAGUUUCCAGUUGCAUCCAUUUUGUUGCAAAAGAUGGGAUUUCUUUCUUUUACAUGGCUGAGUAGUAUUCCAUAGUGUAUACAUACCAUAAUUUCAUAUCCAGUAAUCAGUUUGUAGACAUCUGGGUUGAUUCCAUAUCUUAGCUUAUUGUGAAUUGAGUGGCAAUAAACAUGGGGAUACAGAUAACUCUUUCAUCUGCUGAUUUUAAUUCUCUUGGGUAAAUUCCCAGGAGUAGGAUUGCUGGGUUGGUAUGUCUAUUUAUCUAUAUCUAUAUUAUGGUAUAUCUAUUUUCAAUUUUCUGAGGAUGCCCACUUUCACCAUUACUAUUGAAUAUACUUAUGAAAGGUUAAGCCAGAGCUGUUAGGCAAGAAAAAAAUUUAAAGAGAUACAAAUUGGAAAGGAGGAAGUCAAAUCAUCCCUAUUUGCGGAUGACAUGAUCCUCUAAAUAGGGGAAUAAAAAGGCUCCACGAAGACGCUAUUGGAACUCAUAAGAGUUUGGUAAAGUUGCUGGAUAUAAAAUCAACACACAAAAAUCAAUAACCUUUGUAUACAGACAGUGCCAUGGGUGAAAAGAGUUUCUAAGAUCAGUCUCAUUCAGAAUAGCUACAAAAAAAUCAAAUAACUUGGAAUAAAUUUAAUCAGGGAUGUCAAAUAUCUCUACAACGAAAAUUAUAAAACACUAAAGAAAAAAAUAGAAGACACAAAAAUAUGGGGAAAUCUUCCAUGCUCAUGGAUUGGAAGAAUUAAUUUCAUCAAAAUGGACAUACUACAGAUGGACAGCUUACAGAUUCAGUGUAAUCCCAAUCAAAAUACCAAUGACAUUCUUCUCAGAUCUAGAAAAAAAAGAUGCUAAAAUUAACUUGGAAAUACAAGAGACACUUAAUAGCUAAAGCAAUCUUAAGUAACAAAAACAAAGCUGGAGGCAUCACAAAAGCAGACUUCAAGACAUACUACAUGGCAAUUAAAAUCUAAACAGCCUAGUACUGGCACAAAAAUAGGCAUAUAGACCAAUGGAACAGAAUGGAAACCCCAGAAACUAACCCAUGCAUCUACAACCAAUUAGCAUUUGACGAAGGAGCUGAAAUAAAUCCUGGAGUAAGGACAGUCUUUUCAACAAAUGGUGCUGGGAAAAUUUGAUCUUCACAUGCAAAAGUAUGAAACAAGGCCCCCUACCUUAUACUUUAUACAAAAAUCAAUUCAAAAUGGAUCAAGGUUCUAAAUCUGUGAACUGAUACCAUCAAAUUACUAGAGUAAAACAUCAGGUAAACUCUGUAAGACAUUGGUGUAGGCAAAGCCUUCUUUGAAAAGACCCCAGAAGCACAGGCAAUCCAAGCAAAAAUAGACAAAUGAAUCAGAUUACAUUAAGCUAAGAUGCUUCCACACUGCAAAGGAAACGCUCAAUAGAGUGAAGAGGCAACUAACAGAAUGGGAGAAAAUAUUUACAAAUUAUGCAACUUAUUAAUAGCCAGAAUCUACAAAGAACUCAAGAAACUCAACAACAAAACAAACAAUCAAGUCAAUAAAUGGGCAAAGGACAUGAAUAAACAUUUUUCAAAGUAUGAAAUACAGAUGGCCAACAGAUAUAAGAAAAAUACUCAGGAUCACUAGCCAUCAUGGAGAUGCAAAUCAAAACCACAGAGAGGUUUCACCUCAUGCCAGUUAGAAUGGCUGUCAUCCAAAAAUCAAAAAACAAUAAAUUCUGGCAAGGAUGUGGGGAAAAGGAUACCCUAGCCCACUGUUGGUGGGACUGUAAACCAGUGCAACCAAUUUGGAAGACAGUAUGGAGAUUCCUCAGAGACCUGAAGUAGAUCUGCCAUAUGAAUCAGCCAUCCCACUCCUAGGAAUUUACCCAAAGGAAAUUACUUAAGCAUAUGAAAGAAUUAUUUGUACUCCCAAGUAAUUUUAGCUCAAUUCACAAUAGCUAAGAUGUAUAAUCAACCCAGAUGUCCAUCUGGUAUACAUACACUAUGGAAUAUUAUUUAGCCAUAAAAAUUGGAUGCAACUGGAAACCAUUAUGCCAGUCUCAAAAAGACAAAUAUGUUUUCUCUGAUAUGUAGCAGUUAAAAUAGAAUACAAAAAAGUAUAGGAAUGAAACGAUAUGAUUGUCAUUUUUAGCUCAUGUUUGUACUCUUGUGGAACUGUGGUCUUCCUACUUUUUACUUGUUGAAUACUAUGAUUAGUGGCAAAUUAAGCCUAUGAAUUAGAGUGGAUUAAAAUUAUGCCCUUGCAAAAACUGAAGAAGAGAGCUGAGGGAGGGAGGAUGGUCAAGAGGAACAGGGAAGUGAGGAAAGUGUGAUUGUCUUCUUGGAACUGUACCUAUGGAAUGUAUAAAAUCUGUUCUUUUUAUAUUAAUAAAAUUUUUUAAAUACAAUGGGAUCUGCACUGGCAUUAUCUCAUUUCUUUUUUUCUAAAUGAAUAAAAAGCAGUAGACUGGCUUUUAACAUGUGAAGCACCCUUCAGAAAUGUCACCAUCAGAUUUGUCUCCACAUAUUCUCCCUAAAGUGUCAAAAAGAGCAUAAAUUGCUUCAGACUUCAAUUUGCUCAAGUAAAUAUCCUAAUUCUCAUCAUAAUGUAUGCAUAUGUUAAACACCAUUCCCUUGUUAGUAUGCUUUCUCUUUGGGUUACUUAGGAUUAACUUUGGUUGCAUGUAACAGAAUACUCUAAAUAAUAUGCCUUAAACACCACAUGGCCAGAAACACAGAGUUUGGCAGUCCAAAAUUUUUUAUGAGACCCACAGUCAUCAGAGAACCAGACUUCUACCUACUGCACCUCACUAGAUUGUAAUCUACAUUCCCAAGGUCAUCUUAUUACCCUAGAUGCUUCUAACAGCUCUAGUCUUUUUAUCCAUAUCCAGGCAGUGGGGAGAAAAGCAAGAAAGACAGAAAGAUAAAAGAUACUUUUACUUAAGAGGUCUUCCCAAAAAUCUUGCCCAAAAAUUUCCACUUAAAUCUUUCUAGCUAGAGCUUAGUCACACAGCCACAGUCAGAUUCAGAGCAAGGUAGGAAAUUUGACUUCCA